UUCAACAGCCUGACAACCAUUGCAAGUCUACAGCUUUGCAGUUGACAUUUCAUAUUUAACGUACAAAAGCUUUUGUUAUUAACAAUGCAUUAUUUCCUUCUUUGUCUCCUUAAAAAAAAAAAUUCUGCCUCUUCACCUGCGUACCUGUCUGCCUGGGAUUCAAUCAAAUUUUGCAGGAAGAGAUGACUGUGAGAAUCUAAUUAUGCCUAUAGCUAAUUAAGUUAAUAUCUCAUAUGGAGACAACCAGUGUCUUCUUAGAAAGACUGAUGCCAUCUAUAGUGGGGAUAAGAAGGACUUAUGAUGGCACACCUCAUAUGUUUGUCUUUGUAACACACACACACACACACACACACACACAGAGGGAGGGAGGGAGAGAGAGAGAGUUUGCUCCACAUCUUUGUUACCAGGAAGCCGUCUGCAGGCGACAAACCACGGAUCCACUACUGAUGCUCCUCACAUAGUUAUUUCCACAAAUGGAUCCACUCUGAAGAAGAUGAUAAGGUCCAGUCUGCUGUCGGGAAAUUUCCGAGGAAAAACUACGAACGGAUCUUAAAGAACCAUCCUUAUCCGCCUUCUGGAUCUCAAAACUUCACAAGAAACCGUUUUACCGAUUCUGCUGGCGUGACCGUGUGUGGUGUCUGAUUGGGACCUGGUGUGUGUCAGGGGGCUAUGAGGCGAUGUGCACAAGCUGGUGUGAGGAGAGAUGUACGAGCAGCAGUGGAGGGAGACAGAGAGGUAAAGGAGUGGAUUUUCGAUCAUGGCUGUGUGUCUCGCUCUUGCUCUCGGCCCUGUGGGGCCAAGUGUCCCCACAGUGCCCGGACAGCUGCCACUGCACCUGGGACACGGCUACAGUGCUGUGCUCAGAUGCUGGGCUGCAGGAGAUCCCAGAGGGGAUCCCACCAGAAACUGUGUCCCUCCACCUGGAACGCAACUACAUCCGUAACAUCCCUGAGAGCGCUUUCAGCAACCUGGUUCACCUGCGGGACCUGUAUCUGUCCCACAACCGCAUUGACUCUCUCGCCUCAGGGGCGCUCCGACAUCUGGGCCCCGAGCUGCGCCUGCUGGACCUCUCGCAUAACCAGCUGAGGCAGGCCAGCAGGGACGAGUUUGGCUCCACGCGUGCAAAGACACGACUCUACCACAACCCCUGGCACUGUGACUGCACCCUUCAGGAGCUGAUGGAGACUCUGAACCUGGAGCCUGAGACAGUGAAUGGGAUCAUCUGUGAGAGCUCUGUGCGGGUGGUGGGCGAGGGGAGCAGGUGGGAAGACCCGGGGUCGCAGGGCGAGCACGCAGGUCAAUCGCUGGUCAAACUGUUGGAUUCUGGGGUGAAUUUCUGCAGCUUGCAGAGGAAAACCACUGAUGUGGCCAUGCUCAUAACAAUGUUCGUAUGGUUCUUUAUGGUCAUUGUGUAUGUUGUGUACUAUGUGAGGCAGAACCAAGCCGAGGCCCGAAGGCAUUUGGAGUACCUGAAGAGUUUGCCCAGCCCUCACAAGACCCCUACAGAGACAGACACUCUAAGCACCGGUUUCUGAAAUCCUGCUUGACUGUACUUUAAAUGGAAUAAUAAUCCCAUUUUUAUGGAAAGGGACUUUAAAAUGUUGUGUGGAGUUACUGUUUGUCGACUGUGGAAGAUGCUGAUAAUAAGGAAAUUAACCUUCAGCCAUGUUGUGAUUGCAACAUUUCUUUAUAUUUGUUACUGAGCCCUCUUUGUUUUGCUUGAUAUUUCUUUAUCUAUGGCAUUUUUCUCAAUUUAAUUAAAAAUGAGAGGGGGGUGUUCAUUUACUCAUUCAACCGUGUGCACUCAGAGAAAAUAGUGCAAUGUGGAAAAAAAGGAUGAAAUAAGUGAUGAAAGAAAAUUCUUCUCUGAUCUUCACAACCUUCUGUCUCCCUUUGUGGUCCCAUUUCUCCUUUCUUUUCUUCUCCCACCGUGCCUCACACUGUGGUAUUUUAUGUUUCAUUAAGCUCUAAUUAGAUGCCUUUGACCAGCUGACCCUUAAUGAAGACUUGAAAGGCACUAAUCAGCUGGAGUGUGUUUGUAAGGUCAAAAAGGAAAAUGUCUAAACUCAAAUGUGUGUCCUCAUAUAAUUGCUUGUCUCAUUUGUGUGCGUAUGUGCGUGCCUGUGGUGUUUUUGUGCAAUGUUAUGGCCAUUUUUACUCUGAUAACACUGAUUUUGCACAGAUGCUAUUAAGGCCUUCCCCAGUACACAACCACUAAGCCAGUCGUUUCAGUGCCCGUGGAGAAGCGCUGAUCUAAAUUUACUCUCAGGAAGCUAUUAAAGCUGGAGGUGAACUAUUUUGUCACCAAGCUGCACCAAUCAGCUCUAAAAGAUCUGGACAGCUUAUUGUACAUACACCUGUCACUGAUUGAUACAGAGACAUUCCAGAUUCCAGAUUUAGAAGUGGAACAUUGCAAGAAAUUAGAUUAGUAUAACCAUUUAUCCGAGGGAAGCUGUUAGUUUAGCUUUAAUUAAUCUCUUGAGUCCUGCUUUUCAAUCCUCUCUGCACUGAUUGCUGCGUACAAAUUGUUCUGGUUCCCAUUUUCCACAUAGGCUGUAUCAGACUCUAUUUUUUUCAAGCCUCUGUAAAAAUAAGCAGAAAUCUUUGAUAAUAAAUGGAAUAAUUUUCACAAUUAGUAACACAUGUAAUGUUAAAAUGAAUGCCACUACUGACUUGUAUAUUGGAGGUGCAUUGAACAUCUAGCUCAAUGUUCUGCAUAAAUGGAACAAACUCUGACUGGAUUAACAGCUACAUUUUUUAAUUCGCUUGAGUUCACUGUAAUCAUAUUUACUGUGACAAUAGCUGUGGAGCUUUAUUCUCUGAAGAGAGGGUGUAUUGUGUGGUGAAUGCAUGCUC